CUCCGAAAUGUGUUUUUUCUCAAAGUUGCCGGGAUAUCACAUAUCCUACUUAUAUCGAUACACUCAUAACAACCUAAUCAUUACGAAACUUAUAUUCAAUUAAAUAAGCCACACGUAGCAAAUAAGCCAUUACAUUUUUUGUUAACCAAAUUCGAGACUCACUCAUUGACCUCCAUACAAAAAUGCAUCGCCCAGUUCGCGAAAAAACGCCACCUGCUGGAGUAGACAGUUUUCGGGACCAGUUAUGCCGCUCGCUUCGCCUCUUCCUCUCUGCCUACAUUUGAAGGCCCGCUACUAGCGCAACGUUAUUGUUAUUUCAACUGCAGACUGUCUCUUUGCGAGUGAUUUGAAAUGCCGUUGCUCCAUCACAAAUGUCUUUAUGUUUUAGUUGUUUAUUGCUCAUGUAGUUGAAUUUUAAUCUAUUCAAACCCUGCAAUAUAUAUUUGGUGACAAACUACACACCUGGACAUAAUUUGUGGCAUUAAAAUCCUAUGCAGUAACGGAAUUUUAAAAAUACUUUUCGCUGCAUAAUAAGGCCUCAUCGAUCCUCGGCCUUUCGUACGGAUUUUAACCGAUUUCGAAUGCUUGGCCGGCGGCCUCUGCAGCAGCCAGACAAUUCAAAUCCCGGUUCCUGACCAUGGCCUGUACAGUGAGUGUGACAGGCACCUAGUCCCAGUGAAGUGAGACAACCGUUAACCUGUUACUGGCACUGCCCUGUGCUGCUUCAGUACCCUCACCUUUUUAACUAUAUAUAUUAAGCACUCAAUGCAACCCUAACGUAUUUCCAAAUUAGACUAUCACGUGUAGUGCUGUCCCAUUCUCAGUAGAUUUAGGUCUAACUGUCAGUCAGACACAGAGCAGUGCUAGUUCCCAUACACUCCCAGUAUGGCGUCGGUUCCAGUAUACUGCCUGUGUCGCCUACCCUAUGAUGUCACACGCUUCAUGAUCGAGUGUGACAUCUGUCAAGACUGGUUCCAUGGAAGUUGUGUUGGAGUGGAGGAAGACAAAGCAGCAGAGAUUGACCUGUACCACUGCCCCAACUGUCAGGUCACCCAUGGGCCCUCUGUCAUGAGAAAGCGGCGUGGAGGAACCAAGCAGGCUGAUGCUGGAGCCACUGGAGGAAGAGCCACUUCUGGUCGACCGGUAAAGACUGGCACUCCACAGUUUGUCAGUGAGCUACGUAGCCGCACCUUCCCAAGUGCUGACGAGGUGCUGUUGAAGCCGUCGGGGGCCCAGCUGACUGUGGAGUUCCUGGAGGAGCGUUCCUUCAGUGUUCCCGUGAUGGUCCUCAGGAGGGACGGCUUGGGCAUGAGCCUUCCCCCAGGGAACUUCGGAGUCAAUGACGUAGAGCACUAUAUUGGUCCAGACAGGGUGAUUGAUGUGAUUGACGUGUCUCGCCAAGCUGACCUGAAGAUGUGUCUAGGGGACUUUGUGGAGUACUACAACAGCCCCAACAGAGACCGGGUCCUCAAUGUCAUCAGCCUGGAGUUCUCUGAGACCAGGCUGUCUAAUCUGGUGGAGACUCCAAAGAUAGUGAGGAAGCUAUCGUGGGUAGAGAACCUGUGGCCUGAGGAGUCAGUGUUUGAGCGGCCCAACGUCCAGAAGUACUGCCUCAUGGGGGUCAAGGACAGCUACACAGAUUUCCACAUCGACUUCGGAGGCACCUCUGUCUGGUACCAUGUACUACGGGGUGAGAAGAUCUUCUACCUGAUCUCCCCCAUGCCGGCCAACCUGGCCCUGUUUGAGCGCUGGAGCUCCUCGUCCAAUCAGAACGAGAUGUUUUUCGGGGACCAGGUGGACAUGUGCUACAAGUGUUCCGUCAAACAAGGAAACACGCUCUUCAUCCCAACAGGAUGGAUCCACGCUGUGCUGACUCCUGUGGACUGUGUGGCCUUCGGAGGGAAUUUCCUACACAGCCUCAACAUUGACAUGCAGCUCCGAGCAUAUGAAAUAGAGAAGAGGUUGAGUACAGCAGACCUGUUCAGGUUUCCAAACUUUGAGACCGUGUGUUGGUAUGUUGGCAAGCACCUGCUAGACACAUUCAGAGGUCUGAGAGAGAACCGCAGACACCCUGCUUCCUACCUGGUCCACGGAGCCAAGGCCCUCAACAAUGCUUUCCGCAUGUGGACACGCAAAGAGUCGCUGACUGACCACGAGGUGGAGAUUCCAGAGACCAUUGAGACUCAGCGUCUAGUGAAGGACCUGGCCAAGGAGAUACGACUGGUUGAGGACAUCUUCCAGCAAGGCCGUCCUGCGGCUCCUUUCACCUCUACACAGGGCUUCCCCACCCCCCUGCCCAAAGCCUCCCCUCUAGCUGUCUCCCAGAGUCCAAGCCGCCCCCCAGGGAGGAAGAGAGGCCCCAAACCCAAGGAUAUGUCCCCCAGCCCCAAGAAGAAGGGUCAAAAGGGCUUAAUGAAAGAGGCAGGCGAGUUGGACCUCCUGGAGAUCCACACCAAACACACACUGAAGAAAUUCCAAUGUGGAAACAAGAAAAACAAGAAGAAGUUAGAGCUGCCUCAGGAGUUUGCAGGGAAAAUGAGCAAGAGCAAACUGAAACUGGUGCUGACCAACGGCAAAAUACAGGGGAAGAAGGGAGGUCGUUCAGGCAUAAGUAACAGUGCUGGCCGUGCCUCUCAAUUCCAGCACCAUGCUAUGGGAGGGUCUCCCGUGUCAGAUUUUGAGUCCGAGGACGAACUGCAGAUUGAUGAAACUCCCCCUCCACGACACAAGGCUGGAGGAUCUAGCAAGAAGAAACUCAGUGGUCUCCCCCGGAAGCUACCAAGGGCCAAGCCUUGCUCUGACCCCCAUCGCAUCAGAGAACCCGGAGAGGUUGACUUCGACAUUGAAGAGGACUACACUACAGAUGAGGAGGAGACCAUGACUGUCCAUGGAGUGAAGGGUGGAGCCGGGGGCAUCCUGGACCUGCUGAAAGCCAGCAAACAGGUGGCAGGGCUGGACUCUGCUCUCAGUGAGGAAGUGCCAGCCUCUCCCAGCACACGAGAAGCCAUUCAGGGCAUGCUCUCCAUGGCCAACCCUCCUUCCUCUUCCUCCUCUUCUUUGUCAUCCUCCUCUUCCUCCCCUCUCUCCGUCUCUGGGGGGCUGUCUGAGGGACUGGGAUUAGUCAAAGAGAAAGGAGGGAGAGCCGUGUGGGUGACAGGAGACAAUAAGAGCAGAACAGGAAGUGCCUCUAAAGAGAAGACAACGUUCCAGCGUCCCGGGAAACGGCCUGUCAAGCGGCCGUUCCGUCACCUUAGUGAUGAGGAGAGCACAGAUGAGCAGGAGACUCUUGGCACCUGUUUUAAAGACGCAGAGUAUGUCUAUCCGUCCUUAGAGUCUGAUGAGGAGGACCAGGUCAAGAGGAAGAGGAACUGGGGAGACACUCCUUGGAGCCCCAAAGCCCGGGUGACCCCCACCCUGCCCAAACAGGAGCGCCCAGUAAGGGAUGGGGCCAGAGUGGCAUCUGUGGAGACUGGCCUCGCUGCAGCUGCUGCCAAACUGGCACAACAGGAGAUCCAGAAACCCACCAAGAGGAAAUACACCAAAAAGCCCCGCCCUGUUGCCCCACCACAGCCCCCUCGGGCUGAGCCGUCUCCUCCCUCCCCCGCUCCGGUCCCGGAGCCUCCCACCCCUGACUUCAGCCCUGAGCGGAGGAUGGAGUGCUACUCUGCCAGUCUACUGGACCAUGAGUACACGGCAGGCCCUGGCCCGUUCGGUCCUGGAGGCCCCAGAGGGAGUGCUGCUAUGGCUCCUGGGGUGUUCCUCACCUCCAGACGACCCUCCCUCUCCCCCCAGAACAGCAGCACUUACUCCCCCUCUACAGCCUCCCCCACUGGGCUAGCCAGCCCCGGCAGCGCUGGAGCUGGUGGAGGGAAACGUCCAAAGAAAGGACUUGCAACAGCAAAACAGAGACUAGGAAAGAUUCUGAAAAUACACCGCAAUGGGAAGCUUCUCCUGUGAGAUGCUUUCGGAGAUAUGGAUGGAGAAAGAUUUUUAGGAAUGAUUCUCGGAGGAAAGAUGGAUGCCAUUUUAAAGAGGACUUAAAGGACGUGACUGCUUUAAGAGACUGUUUAUUUUGUUCUAUAAUUCAACUUUUGUUCAUCUGGUGUCAUCACCUAAACCUGUCAUCCACUCAUGUUCCACCCUAUACCCCUUCCCAGUCCCAUUUAAUAAUUAAUCAUUGCUUGAAUCUAUAUAGCGCUUUUCUAGCGCUGAAAUAUUCACAUUUAGUUGGUCAUGCACUCCUCAGAUCAAUGGAAAACACAUGGUCAAUCAAUCAAACCAUUUAACUUACAUGAAGGAAUCAUGUAUUCAUCAAAUUGGCAAUGAAAAAUGUCUGAAAUCUAUUUUAGUUGAUAAGUUAUAUGACCCAUGAUCUGACCCAUUCUUCCUUUGACGUGGGUCUCCUUUUAAUGUGCACAAGCGCGCAUGAUUGAAGGCAAUGGGGUGAAUGUUUUAAAUGGGAAAUAAUGCAUUUCCUGACAAUUCAGUCAAAUGGGAUUUUGAGUUCGUUUUUAGUUUGGGAUUAUUUAUUUUCAAAUAGCUUUUAUAUUUAUUUUGUGGUAGUAGGAAUGCUUGCCUUUCCAGUUCUGUGUUGUCAUCCAUGUUCUCACCUCACUUUCAACACCUCAAGUUCACACCAUCUUUUGUAUUUAUUUGACUAAUCUAGGUUAUUCCUUUUAUUCGCCCUGGGUUUUUUUCCCCAUGUACAUAGCAAGCAAACCUUUUUUAAAGUUUGUUUUUAUAUAUAUUUUCACAUGGAGGUUGGAAUAAUAUUGUGAAAAUUAUGAUUAUUCCCUUUUAGUGUACAAGCUGUUUUUCAGCCUGUUUUAGUCGGAUGGAGUAUUGGUCUGCCUGGUGACUAAAUUAGUUAAUAGACCAAUAAGAAAGAGUUCCAAACCACUGACAAUAACAGUUUUCCCCUCCCCACUCAGACCACUCCCAGACAGUCUGAGGAAAAUUGUUACUUGAGAAAUUGCUCUUUUGCUAAAAAAAAAUAAAAAGAACUUUUAUUUUUGUACCGUUUAAAAAAUAAUAAUAAUCAUUUAAAAAAGCACCAUGAGGUAAUUCAUUGUUUCCCAGAAAAUAUUUUAUAUUGAGAACAGCAACAUUGGACAUUUUUAAUUAUGUGAAACCUGUCAGAGUUUUCGCUUUAGUUUUUUGAUUCUAUUCAUUUAACAGAUUGGUACCUAGGCUACAUUUAACUCGCAUCUGGAUGAAGUUGUGUUUUUAGAUGUGUAUAUUUUUGAAUUGAUAUAGCCAUCCGGUCCAUUAGUACUGUAAUGACAUGAACAGUCUGGUUCCUAAUCAUUUUCCAAUCCACCAUGGUUUGUAUUCAAGUCUUUAGUAUUAUACACUUGAGCCAGCAGUUGUAGAAUGCAUCCCAAAUGGUGCCCUAUUCUCUAGUGCACAAUUUUUGACCAGGGCCCAUUUGAGUAGCAAACGAUUUCAGGAAUAGGGUGCUGUUUGGGACGGAGACGUAGAAUGUGUUUUAUUUAAAGAACGUGCUACACAUUUAGACAUGCAGAGUUGUAGUUUUAUCUAAGGAUAUUGAAGUCGGGAAGCUAUGGAUUUGAUAAUGAUUCUGAAAUGUACAUAAUUGUUUGAAUUUUGUUUUUAUAUAGUUCAAAGGAAGUAUUUCUUAACAUACCUUGUAUAAAAUAAAUGUCAUUUGGAGAACUGUAUGCAAUAGUCUAAAGUAUUGUUUUUUUAUUUGUAUGCAGUAAUAAUUGUCAUUCUGUUUUAGUUGGUUGUGUUAUAAUUAAGCAGUAAGGCCCGAGGGGGUGCUGUAUAUGGCCAAUAUACCACUGCAAAGGGCUGUUCUUAAGCACGACGCGACGUGGAGUAGCCGCGGUAUAUAGGUCAUAUACUACAAACCCACAAGGUGCCUUAUUGCUAUUAUAAACUGGUUAACAAUAAUUAGAGCACUAAAAAUGCAUGUUUUGCCAUACCUGCGGUAUAUAGUCUGAUAUACCAUGGCUGUCAGCCAAUCAGCAUUCAGGACUCGAACCACCCAAUUUAUAAUGGCAGUAAGGCACCUCGGGGGGUGUGUGGUCUCAACGGCCAAUAUACCACGACCAACACUUAGCCGUGGUAUAUUGGCCAUAUACCAUAAAUGCCCGAGGUGCCUUAUUGCUAUUAUAAACAGGUUACCAAUGUAAUUAGAACAGUAAAAAGUUAUUUCAAAUGUCUUUGUCAUACCUGUGGUAUAGUCUGAUAUAUCUUGGCUUUCAGCCAAUCUGCAUUUAGGGCUGGAACCACCCAGUUUAUAAUGAAGUUUGUUCUCAGUAGCUCUGCUCUUAUUGUUUUAUCUGUUUCCCUUAUGUUAUCAUUUAGUAUUAAUAAUAUUUACUCUUGUCAAUGUAUCUGUUAGAUGUGAAAAGCAUUGACCUAGAGGAGAUAUACUUCCCUUUUCUUAUUAUUUGUGUGGCCUGCAGUUGUUCACCAGUACCAAAAAGGCCCUGUACUCACUCAUGUUGUACUACUGAUGUAGGCAUUUUAACAGAAUAGUUGUGUGAUAUACAACAGAGUUUGUCUGUACAAAGUUUCUCCACAUCACUUCUAUAAUAAUUUUUGUGCUAAAAAAAAACUUUGUUGUACCACAACAGUUGUGAAAUGUGUUGUACAUCAUUUGUACAACCUGAGUGUACAAUACCAAAUAGUACAACCUUUUUAUUGGGCCAGUACUGUUACAUUGUUUUACUACUCUUUUCUCUGCAGUUGAUCCCUGUCUUAAACCAUACCUGGGUUAAAACACUAUUUGAAAUCAUUCAAAAUACUUUAGCUGUGCUCGAUUGAGCUUGCCUGUUGCAGUGAAACCAAUAGAAGUCCCACCAGACCUGUCACUCCAGGCAGGCUGAAGCAAACGCUUAAAUUAUUUGAACCAUUUAGAAAUAGUGUUUCAACUCAGAUCUGUCUUCUACCAGUUUAAAAGCUUCUUAGCUGGACAGAUGGUGGCGACACUGAAACGCACAUCAAUCUCAACUGUAUGUUCAAGAUGAAUGGUUCUGACUGCUAUUAUUGUAAUGAUAUUAAAACAAGGAACAUUUUGCAUUGUAUUAAACACCAAUUCUUUACAUGUA